UAGUAACAUCUUAACGUCCGAAUUCUAGAUAACUGAGAUUUACAAAAGGUAUCCUGAAAAACACAAAAGAGUACUCCUAGUAGGCAUCAACGAGACAGGCUUGCCCAGCUUCAGGCUCCACAUGCUUGCGGCAGUACACUUAUUAAUUUCCUCUACAUGCACUAUUUGUACCAACACGUUUUGGCCGUGGUUUGAAGUUUGAACAAGAGCAAAAGGAAUCUAAUUCUCCGAACCCUAAAAAAAAAGAAGCAAUGACCGGUCCUGCCUCCUGGUCUGAUGGAUGCAUAUUUCUCUCUUUCUUUUUCCGGGAGAUCGAAUCUUUCCAUUUUCAAACGCACCAAGUCCACCAUGGCGGCUUCGUACGUUCAACUCAGAGAGUUUGAGAGAGACACGCCACUCAAACAGAGCAGAGCUUUUCAUCAGAGACCACCUGAAACCGGAAAAGCUCGGCUAGAUCGACAAUGGCGGCGGCGGCGGGGGAUCAGCUCCCGAGGAUCGACUUCAGCGGCGUGGCCCCGUCGGCGCCGGAGCGAUGGGCGGCGGCGCGCGCGCACGUGAUGGCCGCGCUGCGCACUUACGGCUGCUUCGAGGCGCAGUACCCGGCGCUGACCCCGGAGCUCCGGGCGGGGCUCUUCGGCCGCGCCGUCCGCCCGGUCUUCGCGCUCCCCGCCGACGCCAAGCGCCGCAACAGUUACGGGCCGGGGAAGCCCUUCCACGGCUACCUCGGCGAGCUCCCGGGCCUCCCCGCCUACGAGAGCCUCGCCAUCGUCGACGGCCACAAGCCCGGGCCCGUCCAAGCCUUCGCGGAUCUCGUCUUCUUCCCCGACUCCGGCGCCAACCACACCGCCGCCUUCUGUGAGAGCGUCCAUGGAGUGGCGAGCCGGAUGGCGGAGCUGGAGGGGGUUGUGAGGAGGAUGGUCAUGGAAGGCCUCCUCGGGGUGGCCGCCGGAGAGCAGGAAGAAGGCUUGCCGUCGUCGUCCAUGUGGCACUUGUUCCGGAUGUCGGAGUACGGGGCGCCGGUGGCCGGCGCCGGGGAGAAGGAGAGGGAGGUGAGGUACGGGUCGCACCAGGACACGAACUCCCUCAGCGUCAUCUGCCAGGACGAGGUCGACGGGCUCGAGAUGCAGACCAGGGACGGCGACUGGGUCCUCGUCCAUCCGGAGCCCGAGUCCCUCGUCGUCAUGGCCGGCAACGCCCUCAGGGCGUGGUCGAAUGGCCGUGUGUACGCGCCGUUCCACAGGGUGAGCGUGGGCGGGGAGGAGACGAGGUACUCGGCGAUGCUCUUCUCGGUGCCCGGUGGGGAAUCCAUGGUCCGGGCGCCUGAGGAGCUCGUGGACGAGGAAGACGGCCACCCGCGGCGGCGAUUCAGGGACUACGACUACGACGAGUUCGUGAGGUUCUGCGUCUCCGAGGAAGGGGUUCGCCACCAGGACAAACUCAAGGCCUUCUGUGGGCUGUGAAACGCAGGGGGGUCCGGUCCAUCGAUCACUGUCGAAAAUGGAUUGAGCUUUGUGCUGCAGUAAAGUAAUGCAGCUCGUGUAGUGUUGAGGCGGGCAGGGCAGGCCUGAGAAUAAACGUGCGUUGUGCUUGUGUUUUGUGAUUCUUCAUCGGUGAGGUUUAGGACAUGGCCAUAAUUGGAGUAUUUUCCAACAAACCUGCCACUGAAGGCUUGUUUUAUCCAA